UGUGAUUGGCCUAAGGUUUACAGAAUACAUCUGUAAUUAAUUGCAUCUGUAUUCAAUAAUAUAUCACUUCAACAUGGAGUGGAAGGAGCUUCCCACAAUGCACUGACAACAUUGUCCAGUGUUUUCACGUGUAGGUGAUGUUUUGUUGGUUGGGAAGCCAAAGGUUUCCAUCUGAUGCCUCUGCCUUGUGUGUUAUCAACAGUGCAGGAGUGACUGAAAAAUAACAAUACUCAGAGGCUAGUUUCAACUUUCAAGUUUCUUGACACCAUGAGGGUGAAUCCACAAAACUGAAUCCCUCCAGCAAAGUGAAAUUGCUGCCUUUUGCAAAGUAACGAACUUAAUGCUCCUGGUACUAGGACUACCCCUGUGCCAAACUUGAAAUGCCUAUUAAAACCUAGCCCUUUUUGGUCUUGUAGUAGAAAAAGCCACACUCCACGGGGCUCUGACCCUAUGCACUCCUAAUGAGAUCUUUGAACACUUCUCUCCAGGCAAGGGUGGUGCUUCAGGCUGUCUUUUUUAGGUUGUAAACGUGCUGCUUCAGGACUUUCCUGGUGGUCCAGUGGUUAAGACUCUGCUCUUCCGAUGCAGUGGGCACGGGUUUGAUCCCUGGUCGGGGAAGUUCCACAUGCCAUUCGGUGUGGGGAAAAAAAAAGUGACUUAAUCCAACUAUAAUGCAGUUAAUUAAAAAAUAUAUUUUAAAAAAAGGUGCCGUUUCAGCCAACACUGGCCUUACCAUGUCCUUUAAAUUAAUCUGUGUUGUUUCAUUUGGUGGACGUUGCACACAGUCAGGUAGAUGAUCUUGCUGAAUGGCUGUAGAGAUAGAGGUUUUAGGAUGACCACUACCUCUGACUGUGAGGGGUGCUGCCACCAGGGAAAAGCCACGGUUAGGAUGGUGACAUUGGGACAAGUGCACAGUGGGAGUCCUCGAGGCUCCCCUGCACAGCCACAUGGUGGCAGCAAAGCAGUUUAGAAGAGAGGGGUGGACUGGCCAGGAGAUCACCGCACGCCAGCUGUGGACACACAAGUGCUUAAAGAAAGCAACCAGCAGGCUGUACAGACUGCCUCCCGCUCAGGCCAAUUUGUCCUAAAGAGCCUUUCCAAUGACAAGUGUUGGGGACUGAGAAUUAUGCAGCCUGGAAUGGGAUACUACCGCCUAUUCAGGAGGCAUCACUAGCUUGUUAUUGGGCAUUAGUGGAUGUUAAGAGCCUAACAGAGAAACACCCCUAUCAUGGGAAGGGUGAGAAAUGAAAACCCCAACAAAAUGACUAUUUCCCAGAGAAGAGGUAAACGGGGUAUUUGGAACAAAACAUCUAGACGGAAACGUGGCUGGUCACGUUCCAGAUGUGGCUCUCUCAGAUGUGGGGUCUGUGUCAGAGCUUCCUGGGGACUUUGGUCCACCCAGGUUCCUGAAGAUGCCUGAUCCUUCAAGGCUGAAUCAGCUAAGUUAAAGACAAAUGUGUGGGCUGUGCCACUGCAGCUGCUCAGCCUCAGAGACAUCUGUUUACACCUGUGCAUGAACAAGGGCCUGCUGUUCAGAGUCUCUGACCCUCACCUCCAAUUUCAGAUGGGAGGAAUUUCUCCAUGGGGGAGAGGAGGGCCUUCUGUGCAACUGUAAGAAAUCUUCCAUUUUACAGACAAAGAGAAGGAGGGGCAGCUGGUGAAAGUCUGGUUUAAGUUGACAUAGGUGGUCAACAGGUUGGGCAGAGGCCGCAACCGGGGGACCGGAAGCCAGGGCACUCAGCCCUGGCCCUGCUCCUUCUCUUAACCACUCUGCUCUGUUUGCCUGGAAGUCCUGGGCUCUGGGGCUGGGAUGAGGAUGUGUCUAAACACAGGUGAGGCUGUGCUUUGUCCAAUUGGGUGUUUUAAGUGCAGAGCAUGAUGGGAAAGGAUGGCUGGCUCAACCAGACUGGGCAGGGAAAUAGAGGGGAGCUGGGAAAGGUGGGAGCCCCAGAUUGGGGACAAGGUGGUGACAACACUCUUGCAGCAGCGUCUGCAGGAGCCUCUGCUCCCAUCUCUUGGCUGGUGUGUCCUCUGUUGGGUUAGGAGGGGGCGUGGGGAGAGUGCCCAGGGCCCAGCCUGACCAUCUCAGGGCACAGCUACUGUGGCCUCAGAGAUCCUCCCUCUCUUAAUGCUGCUCCUUUAUCCACCCCCCCACCCCAUGCUUCCCUCUCCCCCUGCUUCUCUCUCUCUCUCUCUAAGCAAGAGCCUGGAGAGAGAACUGCAGGAAAAUGGAGCCACGUGGGUUUCUCUAGGUCAUUGUAGCUGGAUUCACUCUCCCUUGCUGCUGAGAGUUCCACCAGAGCAGAGUAUUUGCAAGGAAGUCACAGCUAGUGAGAGGCAAACCAAGAAUUCAAACACAUAUCGGCCUGACUCCAGAGUCUAAGGACCUGGGUAGCCCUGGGGACGGCUUUUUGGCCUCUUGAUACUAACAGCUGCUCUUAAUGGAGCAUCAGUUAUAGGCCAGUUGCUCCCAAGGUCUUUCCGAGGGUUGACUCCUUUAUCAGACCUUGUCCUUGAACAACCGGUUGCCUGUACCCAUGGAAGGAUGGGGAACGGGACCUCAGUCCUAAGGUUUAGGAAAUGCAAUGGUGCAGAGGCAGGAAAGCAAAGGGAGGAUUACAGACACCCAGUAACCAUGUGUAUUGCUAAUUAUUUGCUACUGUAAUCACCUUCUUUUCCUCCCUUGACUUGGGGAAAGGACACAGCUUGACCAAGAGGCCACUGGGGCAACACCUGGACUGUGAAACCAGGUUGCACAGAAGCCCACCUCUCCUUCCUUCUCCAAGGCUGAGUGCGCAACCAGCGCCAUCCUUCCCGGUUGCCACCUUCUGAGGUGCCCUGGCCAUGGCCCCAAGAGUCCCGCAGGCCGGCUGAGUCCAGGAGCUACCCCAGGCCUCACAACCACAUGGUUAUUCCUCCAGAAAACUGUACAAGAAUCUCCUUCUUGGCCUGUGGCCCCUCUAUUGCUUUGGCCCAUGAUCUUUCCGGCUGUGUUCUCACCAACUCCCACACUGACCCCCCAGCCUGGUGUCUCAUCCACAGCACUGGACAGGGAGCCACCUGGGGUCAAAUCAGAAGAGACUUCCUGAGGCUGUGGGAGCCAAGAGGAGGAGGUGCCAUUCUGGAUGGAGGUCAGGAAAGCCUUCCCCAGGCGGAAGGGCAGGGCAAGCAGAGGGACCAGGCGCAGAGAUAGGGAAGAGCAGGGGCUCAGCGCUGUCUGGGUGGCUGCGGUGGAUGGGGCAGCCUGACACCUGAGGCCUGCAGGGCAGGGGCUGAGGACAGCAGGGAGCAUCCAGACCCAGACCCCGAUGCCCCUGCCUCAAGGCAGCGGGGGAAAUGGCCCAAUCAGUGCUUGGCCUGAGCCCCUAGACAAUGGUGUGGAGGGCGGACAGUGGUCUGGGGAGAGCCUGGAACCAGAGAAGGUGGAGUGUGGAGGCUGUGGCUACACUUGAGAGGAGAGAAGACGGUGGUAGGAGCUGGGCUGGGCUGGUGGGAGGCCAGAGGGAGUGUCCUCAGGAGGAAGAAGGAGCAGGUGGGGCUCCCAGGCUUUCAGCUCAGGGCUCCUGCGGCGGCACCCAGCCAACAGCAGCCAACAGCUCAGUGCGGACAACCAGGGGCACUCAUGGGAGUCUUGAGCUCAGAGAUAGAGACCAGUGAUGUGUGUCCCUGAUAACUGGUGUCUUGAGAAGGGGUGUCCCCAGGAAUGUGUGAGGACUGGGAGGAGAAGCAGCCCGGAUGCAGCUGUGCCAGCCCUGCCUCUUAGGAGGAGGGUCCUUGGAGGAGACCGAGCAGGAGCCACGGGGGAGGCAGGAGGCCACCCAGGAGAGUGGCAGCAGGGGACAAUCGGGCAGGGGCCAUUUCAGGAGGACAGAGGCGUCUCUAGAGUCCGUAUAGUUGAAGACAAGGCUUGAGGGUGAAUUUGGAUCCAGUGAGGACUGGCCAGCCUGCAGUGGCCUUGAGUGUGAGAGGCGGCACUGAAUUGGGGUCCCAGUGCAGAUGACCCCUCCCAUGCUUGGUUGAGGAGGGGUCAGGGGGGCAGGCCAUGUCUGGUGGGGACCCGUGGAGAACUAUUUAACCGAGAAAACAGUGAGGAUGAAUCCAGGACAGGAGACAGAGGGAGCCAAGCCCCUGACUGGCUGAGGGCUGGGCCCAAAAGACAAGAUGGUGUGGGGUUGACUGUCUGCCUAGGGUUUGGCUAGGUGUGUAAGGCUCUAGAAGGAGCUGGUACAGUCAUCCACUCAUCGACAUUAACUGAUGACUACUCUGUGCCAGACAGUGCCUAGAGGAGGAGAUUGAGUGCUGAAUACACUCCUUUACCCUAUUCCUGAGGAGACCAGAGUGUGGAGGCAGAGGGGACGUAAGACAGAGCCUGGUCUUCCCUCUCCUGGAGGACUCAAUGCUCUUGAGCAACCCUGCCUAUGACACUCCCCAUGGGCCCCAGGAGAGGCCAAGACGUUGUCAGGGAGAUGGAGAAACCAUUUCUUCACCUUCCACAGGAGGCCUCCCGCUCCCACUGCCCAGCAAUCCCGUGAGGCAACAGCAGGGGCUGAGGCAAGUCCAGCUCACAGCCGGGGAGGAGAUCAGGGAUGGGGCAGGUCAGGAAGACGCGUGGUUGGGCCAUUGCAUCAGGCCCAGGUGGGGCAUAAAGGAGGGUCCUGUGUGCUGGGAGGAGGCCGACUUGGGGACCAUGGAGACUCAGAGGGCCAGCCUCGCCCUGGGGCGGUGGUCACUGUGGCUACCGCUGCUGGGACUAGUGGUGCCCUCGGCCAGCGCCCAGGCCCUCAGCUACAGGGAAGCUGUGCUUCAUGCUGUGGAUCGUCUCAACGAGCGGUCCUCAGAAGCUAAUCUCUACCGCCUCCUGGAGCUGGACCCGCCUCCCAAGGCCGAUGGUGACCCGGACACCCCGAAGCCUGUAAGCUUCACAGUGAAGGAGACCGUGUGCCCCAGGACAUCGCAGCAGCCCCAGGAGAAUUGUGACUUUAAGGAGAAUGGGCUGGUGAAACAGUGUGUGGGGACAGUCACUCUGGACCAGGUCAAGGGCCAAAUGAACAUCACCUGCGAUGAGCUGCAGAGUGUUGGGAGAUUUAGGCGGCUGCGUCACAGGAUCGGAAGAGUUUUGUCGAAAAUUGGUCGGAUAGUUGGCCCACUAACCAGGAUUUUGGGGUAA